UAAUUUUCGUGCCGGGCCGUCAAACGUCAAUUUUCUCGCAGUUACAAAGCAAAAUAUUAUUUAAGGUUAGUCGUUUGAAAGUUAUUUAAAAGCGAUGUCUGCGAGGUACGACCGUGCUAUCACUGUAUUUUCCCCCGACGGCCACCUCCUCCAAGUGGAGUACGCGCAAGAGGCCGUCCGUAAAGGCUCAACUGCGGUGGGCGUCCGCGGGGCGAAGGCCGUGGUCCUCGGUGUGGAGAAAAAGUCCGUCGCCAAGCUCCAAGAAGAGCGAACCGUUCGCAAAAUCUGCCUUUUGGACGACCACGUCGUCAUGGCUUUCGCCGGCUUGACCGCCGACGCUCGCAUUCUGAUAAACCGGGCGCAGAUCGAGUGCCAGUCGCACAAAUUGACGGUGGAGGACCCCGUCACGCUGGAGUACAUCACCAGGUAUAUCGCGGGUUUGAAGCAGAAAUACACGCAGAGUAACGGGCGGAGGCCGUUUGGGAUCUCGUGUCUGAUCGGCGGGUUUGACUACGACGGGAAGCCCCAUUUGUAUCAGACGGAGCCGUCCGGGAUUUACUACGAGUGGAAGGCGAACGCCACGGGGCGAAGCGCCAAGACCGUGAGGGAGUUUUUGGAGAAGUACUACACCCCUGAAGAGGUGGCGGAGGAGAGAGGCACGGUCAAGUUGGCCAUUAGGGCGCUGCUGGAGGUGGUGCAGUCGGGACAGAAGAAUUUGGAAAUUGCGGUUAUGAGACAUGGGGAGCCUUUGGUGAUGCUGGAUAGUGACACGAUUGAAAAGUACGUAACGGAAAUUGAGAAGGAGAAAGAGGAAGAGGCGGAGAAGAAAAAACAGAAGAAAUAGACUUUUUUAAUUACUUAUUGUGGUUCAUAAACUUUUUCAAUAAAUUUUUUUCGCUAAA